AUGCCCUCCUCAUCGCUAUUAUGGAGCGUAGGAUCGCUCGCUCUUUCGUCGAUGAUUUUGCCUGCGGCGGCUAGCAGCUACGGACUGGUGGAGACCUGGAAGGGUGACGAUUUUCUCCAGUUGUUCGAUUUCUAUACUGGUGCCGACCCUACAAAUGGAUUCGUCACGUACGCGAACCAGAGCUACGCCGAAAGCUCGGGCUUGGUCAAAGUCAAUUCGAACGGAUCCUUCUACAUGGGUGUCGACCAUACAACAAAACUAAGCACCACCGGACCCGGCCGAGAGUCGGUUCGUAUCCAGAGCAACAAGUUUUACGACGAGGGUCUGUUUAUUAUCGAUCUUCAGCACAUGCCCGGAAGCAUCUGCGGUACCUGGCCUGCAUUUUGGUCUGUGGGGAAAAACUGGCCCGGUGACGGUGAGAUUGAUAUCAUCGAGGGCGUCAACAAGAACGAGGCCAACGAGAUUGUAUUACAUACGAGCGGUACCUGUGAAGUAUCCAGUCAGACAAUGACCGGCUCGCUUUCGUCUACCGAAUGUGGCGAAAAUGCUGGUACUACUGGAUGUGUUGUUAAGGGCACCAAGGGCUCUUCGGGCACGCCAUUCAACGACAACGGCGGUGGUGUAUACGCUAUGCAGUGGACUGACGAAUAUAUCAAAUUCUGGUUCUUCGCUCGUGGCUCGGUUCCUACCUCCAUUACCGAAGGCAGCCCCAAUGUUACCGCGUUUGGCACUCCCAUGGCCCACAUGCAAGGCUCUUGCAGCAUUGCCGAACACUUCAAGGCUCAACAGUUCAUCUUCGAUACCACUUUCUGUGGUGACUGGGCUGGUGGCGUUUACAGCACUUCUGGUUGCCCCGUGAGCGAUAGUAGCAGUUCUUUCAAGAGCUGUGUUGCUUAUGUUGCCGAGAACCCGACCGCAUUUGAGGAGUCUUACUGGGAGAUUAACUAUAUCAAGAUCUAC